AUGUAUCAGACGGAAAAUUUUUUUAAAGAAAAAAAAAAUUUAGAAAGCGCUAAAAGUCUCUUUAACAUCGAUAUUUCAAGGGAAUAUGACAGAAACAGUAGUCAUGUUCGUUUUUUAAAAGGUGUCCUAUAA